ACGCGGGACAGUUCAAGGAGUAAAUCCGUUGAAACCACAACCAUGGCUGAAAGAAACAACAUUAAGCAGUCACAUUUUUUUUAACUAGACAACAAGUGUGUUAAUUGACACGGUCUUAAGAUCAGCUUCGUUUGUUAGUCUCGUCUGAUUUAUAUAGAGCCGUUGUUUAACACAAUUUAUUCUACUGUUUACCGUUGACAACGUUUGUUAGCUAAGCUGAGCUAAGCAGCUGACCGUCUUGGAGAAAGAAGAAAUAACCGGCUCUGUUUCAAAAUGGAUCGAACGGAGGACCUUUCUGCCCGGGUUCUGCUGAACCAUAUUCUCAGCACCGAGCAACCAAGGACCCCCAUCACCCGCAGUGCCUCCAAAAAACUGAGUUUCAACAGGAGAAGCAGUAGACUGAGAAAGAAUGAUGCUUUUCCCCAAACCCCAAUGGAGAUCCUUAAAAGCAGCCAGAGACACAAAUUACGGAAGAGUAUAAACCGGCAAUCCCUGAAUGCUAUGAGUAGCAGGAUUCACUCAGGCUCAUUCAGAUUGCCUAACAGGCUUACAUCAAACUCAAUGCUGUUGGAUGAUGGAGAGACACCGAGGCACAUCCUCAUGAACAUACUGCGGACAGAGCCUGUGAGGACGCCUUUGUUUCAUGAGAGUGCCAUGUCAGAAGAGCCGCAGACAUCUCAACUCAACUCUAAUAGUACAGGGAUGCUUUCCAGUUUGGAGCUGUCAGGGUUAGAUUUGCCUGAUUUAACUAUUGGUGCAGCGAGUACCGUAAAAGGACUGAGCCGGAAGAGACGACGUCGGAGCCUAAAUGUAACAGCUUUUGAAAAGCGUCUUAAGGCUGGAGAAGAUUUUGAGGAGGAAAAGGAAGAAUCAGUACAAUCAGACCGUUUAUCACCUGCUUCGUCAAGUCAAACUUCUCUGAGUCUAAAAACACCCUUUGUGGAUGUUCCGACUGAGAAGAAAUUCCUGCGGAGAAGAGUUUCCAAACGGCGUGUAAUCUCAGAGGAAGAGUUUGGUGCUGCUGUAGAUAGACAGCAGAUGGGAGACGGGACAGGCUUUGGGCAGACGGAGCAGAUUCUGAGUAAGACCACCGACUCUGAGGGCAUCACUUUUGGCCUCAGCAAACUCUCUGAAUCUGACAUCAUGACCAACAUCCUCCAAUGUGACACGGCUCUCUACGACCAGCCUGACGCCACGACCGACAACAGUUCAAUAGUCGCAACUCAGGACAAACCAACGGUAAUGGCGUCUCAGCUUCAGAGGGAGGUGGAGGAGGAGGAGGAGGAGGAGGAGGUGGAGCAGAUGGAAGCGGGGGGUUUAGCUGAAUCCCUGGAUAGUGUUAGGCAGGAUGCAGCAACUACUGAGGAAGAGGAGAACAAUGUAGAAGCUCAAACAGAGGAGGAAGCUGAAGCUGAUUCUCAAAAUGAAGAGACUGCUGCAGUCAGUGCUCCCUCUGAGAUAGAAGAAUCUGCAGCAGACACUCAAACUGAAGAGGAACAAGAAGGACUUGAUUCCCAGGUUGAAGAAGAUGUUAUACCAGACACUCAAGAAGAAGAAGAAGAAGAAGAAGAAGAAGAAAGUGAUGUUGAUAUUCAACCUGGAGGGGAUGAUGCAGCAAAGACUCAGUCUGCGGAAGAUGAGGAGACCGCAGAUGAUCAAAGUGAUCAAGAGGUUCCUGCAGAGAAAGUGGAGGACGAUUUGGCUGAUUCUCAACCUGAAGAUGAGCAUAAUGAGAAGCCGGAGGAGGAAGAUGCUGAGCAGCAAUCAGAACAGGAAGAGCGUGACCUAGAGCACACCAGCAGAAGGGCCUGUCGCUCUGAGGGUCCUGUCAUUGUGCCCCUCACUGAGGCAGCGGGAGAUUUGGAUGAUGCCACAGAGGAAGGAUGGUCUGAUGGCAAGUCUAAAGCACCAAGCAGCGUGGGCAUGGGAAGCCCUGAAACACACGCUUCCUACACGGACCCCGAUCCUGGCGCUGAUAAAGAAAACUCCUUUCCUCUUCCGGAGCCGGUGCAUGAUACCGAAGACCUGAGUGACGAUUCACCUGAAGAACCUGCUGCUGAAGCCCCUAGUGAGGAGGAGGAGGAGGAGGAGGAGGAGGAGGAUGAGGAUGAGGAUGAGGAAGAAGGUGAAGAGAGUGAUGCGAUCCCAAACAAGACCCCAGCUUUUGUCAGACAGAAACUGAACUUUUUUCAGCCCAAUCCUCAGGCCUCAUCUACAGUUUUCAAGAAUAUUCAAGCAAGUAGUACAGGGGACAGUCUUCCCGCUCCUAAACCAAAGCCAGGGAGAAAGAAGGGGAAAGGGCCGGCUAAAAAGCAGACAGAACUUUCCAAGAGCUACCUGAUGAACGUGUUCAAACACUUUGCCAAAACAAGAGUCUCUCCAGAUGUGUACCCUGUCCUAAAAGAUAUAAUGGAUAAAUACUUUGACCGACUGGCAGAGGACUUGGAGACAUAUGCUGUUCAUGCAAAGAGAAAAACCAUAGAGGUCGAAGAUGCUGAACUUCUGUUGCGAAGGCAGGGUCAUGUGAAUGACAUGGUGCCAGUGGAAGUGCUGAUCGAAAAAUAUCUUCGUAUGGAACAGCGCAAACUCCUAAUCCCUAUUGCAACCAGCGGAAAUAUUGUUAUUCCUAAAAAGCGGAGAUGAAUGUUUUAUAUACUUCCACAUUUUACUGUGUACUUUCCCAUUUUAGUUCACUGCCUUUGAUUUGGACAAUUGACGUUUCCAGGUAAUAGUUGUCAGCAUAUUUAAAUGUGUAAAUAUGUGUUGACAAUAAUUGUUGUUAUGUAUACUCUUUUCUUUGCAACCAUUGGCUUGUUGAAAACAGUUUACCCCUUUUUGAAUAUAUUUUCUUCUCUGGCCUUUGUUGACCGUUAUGAAUAAAUACAUUUAGUGAA